AUGGCCUGGAGCCCUCUUCUCCUCCUGCUCCUGUCCCAAUGCACAGGGUCCUUGUCCCAGCCUGGAGUGACUCAACCGACCUCUGCAUCUUUCUCCCUGGGACAAACAGCCAAGCUCACCUGCACCCUGAGCAGUGGCUAUAGUAACUACAAGAUUAACUGGUACCAGCAGAGCCCAGGGAAGAGCCCCAGGUUUGUGAUGCGAGUGGGUACUAGUGGUAUAUCUGGAUCCAAGGGGGAUGGGAUCCCUGAUCGCUUCUCAGGCUCUGGAUCUGACCUGGAGAGGUACCUGACCAUCGAGAACAUCCAGCUAGAGGACGAGUCAGUCUACUACUGUGGGGUAUACCAUGGUAGUGGGAGCAGCUACGUGAUCUGGCUUUCUGGGAACUCUAAUGGACAGUCAGGGCAGAACCAAGAACAAGAGCCCAGCAAUGUGUGGCUCAGAAAAAGAACUGAUUCAGAGAUCCAUGUGACCAAUAACACUUUAGGUACUAAGGAUAAAGUGUACAGUGGAAAGAAAGAGAGCAUAGUCAUGGAAAUUGACCAAACAUGCAAUCAGUAUCCAUUAAUGGUAAUUGCUGACCGUAAUGCAAAGCGUCUAGAAAUUAUGAACCCAGUUGCAACUUUAUUCAGCAUUCAGGGUAGUGGCAGAGAAAUCACUGAGAUUGUGGAAGAAGUACUCGAAGAAAAUUCCCCAGAGUUUGAAGAGGGGAUGGAGAGAGGAGGAAGCCCUGCAGCAGCAGGAGGUCACCAGAAGACAGGACUCAGGGAAAUCUCCACCAUGGCCUGGGCCCCUCUCCUACUCUUCCUCCUCACUCACUUCACAGGAUCCUGGGCCCAGUCUGUGCUGACUCAGCCACCCUCAAUGUCUGGGAACCUGGGUGAGAGGGUCACCCUCUCCUGCGCUGGGAGCAGCACCAACAUUGGGGGAAGAUAUGCAAACUGGUACCAACAGCUCCCAGGAACAUUUCCUAAACCCCUCAUCUAUGAUAAUAACAAGCGACCCUCAGGGAUCCCAGACAGAUUCUCAGGUUCCAAGUCUGGCAACUCAGCCUCCCUGACCAUCACUGGGCUUCAGGCAGAGGAUGAGGCUCAUUAUUUCUGCCAGUCCUAUGAUGACAGCCUGGGUGAUCGCACAGUGCUCCAGGCCUGCAGGGAACCACCCACCAGCCUCUCUUCUGAUGCCUUCUGCCUGAUACUCCCUAAGUUUCAGAUUUGUGACAUCACAGGCCUCUUGGAACCACAGAUCACCUCUAACUCCAAGCCCAACCCCUCCCUGGAUAAGUUUUCUGUGGUGAUGUUUUAG